UUCUUUCAAGUGGAGCUGCAGUUUUGCUGAAUAAUCACGUGUGAAUUUAGGGGCGGGCGCUUGGCAAGCAGUUUUUUACGAGUAUUUACUACAAGGUCUACUCCAGAAGAUUAACCAUCCCAGUCCUUCUGUCAGUCUCCGAUGUCAUGCCUGGUUAAAAAAAACCCCAAACUCACCUUUUUUUCGAUCGUCAGUCACCUUAAAGAAUGGCCGAGCCUUUGGGGAACGAGUUGGCGUCCGCAGCUGCAAGGGGGGACCUAGUGCAACUUACUAAUUUGUUGCAAACGAAUGUAAACGUCAAUGCCCAAAAUGGAUUUGGGAGGACUGCGCUGCAGGUCAUGAAACUUGGGAAUCCUGAAAUUGCCAGGCAGUUGCUAAUUACAGGUGCUAAUCCUGAUCUGAAAGACAGUACAGGGUUCGCUGUAAUUCAUGAUGCAGCCAGAGCGGGUUUCCUGGACACGCUGCAGACUUUACUGGAGUUUAACGCUGAUGUUAACAUUGAGGAUAAUGAGGGAAACCUGCCAUUGCACUUGGCAGCUAAAGAAGGCCACCUCCCAGUAGUGGAAUUCCUUAUUAAGCGCACAGAAAGCAAGGUGGGACAUCGGAACAAGAAGGGAGACACUGCCUACGACUUGGCUAAACUGUACAAGAGGAACGAUGUAGUUAAACUAAUGGAAGGCAGCACUUUAAGUGCAGAAGCUACAGAUAUGAAUUAAAUCAAACACGAACAACUUCUUAUUUGGACAUUAAAGCUUAUAGUCCUUGUUUUUAAUAACAUUUAUUAUAACUUUUUUCUUCUUCUUUUUUUAAAUAACUAGUGCAAGUCUGGUGAAACUGCAAAGGUGUAGAUUUUGUGAAAAUGAAUAUAUUUAAAAAUCACACCAAUAGCAUUUUCCUGCACCUGCCAUCCGCACAAUGCUAGAAGAGACACAAAUGGACAUAUGUUGAUCGCUUUUGCUUAGUUCCUGCAGUGUAUAAUUUUACACUUUCUUCGUUUGUUUUAGGUCACUAAUACUAAAAAAGAUAGAUGCUAAAAUGCUUUAUG